AUGUCAUAUGAGCUCGAGGCGAAGAAGCGCAAGUUCGACCGUAUACUGGAAUCACUCACCGAUGGCGGCUCGUCGGUGCGAUCAACUCUGAACUCACGAAAUAAUGGUUCUACAAUUUCUCCUUCCGAUGGCUCCGACGCGUCUAAGCGGCGCCGCAUCACUCCCAACUCCCAGAUCAGUAAAACCGCGUCUACAACGUCGUUGACCGGACACUAUCUCCCCUCCUCGCGUCCUGCUUUUCUCGAGCGCCUCGAAACAUAUCGACAAGUCACGCAAUGGCAUAUUCCAUCCACCGAACCGAUCAACGCGUCAGUGUGGGCGAAAAGAGGCUGGGUCUGCGUUGACAAAGACACUGUCUCCUGCGGGUCCUGCAAGGAAAGAUUAACCGUUGAUCUCGACCUCGAGAAUGGGAACCUCCACGAACCUGACGCGACUGGUGACGGCGCAGAUGAUGCGAGCUACUCGUUAGCCAAAGACGUCUACGAUGCCCUCAUCAAACGAUACCAGGAGAUGAUCAUUUCGGGCCACUCUGCCAGCUGUCCAUGGAGAAAGCGAGGCUGCGAUACGUCAAUACAGCGAAUAGAGGGCUUACUCAACGUUGGCAAUGCUAUAUCUGGGCUGCAAGAGAGAUACAACAGCAUAGACACCGAUCUGUCAGAAAUCCCUGCUGUGUUGUUAUCAGAAGGCCAUGUCGAAGAAACGGAGCUGCAGACUUUCAAGGUCGAUCAAGAGAUGGCAUCCUCCGAAGCACUGAAGCUGGCUAUGUGUGGUUGGCAGCGCAAGUGUCCAGACGUCAUCGAGUGCAAACACUGUUUUCGAUCACUCGGCCUCUGGUUGUACAGAGGUGAGGACCCCACAAUUGAGAGACUCGACGCAGUCGAAGGCCACCUUGAGUAUUGCCCGUGGCGUUCGUCGGAGGCGCAAGACAGCGAACUCACGAUCACACGCGACGGUGUUGUGCAGAAAACGAAGCUCGCUGGUUGGCGGUUGAUCUAUCAGGCCGUCACCAAGACAAAUGCGCGGAAACUUUCGGCCUCUCGUCCCCAAACCGCGGUUACCUUGUCUUCGGAAGCCGAUGGUAACCUCAGUUCAGAGCUAUCCCCUGAACAGCGAGAGAAGCGGACGCGCGAUUUAAUGAAACGGAUCAAAGAACUCAGGAAGCCAUUCAACAUGAAGAGCUUGCUCCGGAAGAAGGACAAAGCGCGGCCCAAGACGGCGAGUUAG